CAUAGACGUUCCGGUUACAGAAGUUAAACAGUAAGCAAUACAGACGUUCCUGUUACAGAGUUUGGAUUCUAAGCAUGCUAACAUAAUUCAUGGCUUCUUCAUCUUUGUCAUUAAAUAAGCAAUCUGACAUCGAGGAGUGUAAUUCUUCAGAUAUACUAUCAAGUCAUCGAGUAGACUAGCCUUCACUGUGCAAACAGCGUGUAUCCCGCACAUGCGGGACACUCUGUACAGCGAAUCAAGCAUUUGGAUGGAGGCGGGGUUAACACUCAGUCAACCAAUCACGACAGCUUGUCCUGAGCGCCCACCAAAACAGUUUGAUUUCAAAUUCAAACCGCCCGGAAUACAGUGGAUUGGGAACAUCAUUGUGCGGAGAAGUCAACUUUAGUUCUGAACAUGUCCCGCUUACCAGUUAUUUCAAACAAGAGGGUCCUCACAAGCAGCACCAGCAGCUCAGAGAAUGGCCAAGACUUUGCGCCUGCUCAGAAAAAGCCUCGUAGUGACCCGGUGCCUGUCAAACCUCAUGCAGCAUCUACCAUCAUCGGCGGCAGGCGGCCUGCCGUUGCAGCAACCAGGGCACCGAUCUCUCGGCCAGUCAGACCAACGGGAGCUGCCACUGUGGCUGUCGCUCCUUCCAGAGGGGUCCUGAAACAAUCUAUAGCUUCAACAGCACCAAAGGGAGGCAACAUUAAACCAACUGCUGCACCAACUGGCACAAAAGCAGGUGGAGGUACAAAGCGCAAUGCAUGGGACCUGAAGGGCAAGGUCACCGAUAUGGAGGGUAAGAUACGUAACUUCCAGACCAAGGUCAAAUCUGUCAACCAGGAGAAUGAGGAUCUGAAAAGCACGGUGGUCAAAAGCCAAACAAGAAUGACGGAUCUGGAGAAAAGUGUGGCGAGGCAGAGGAGCCAGAUCAGUGAGUAUGAGGAGCAGUUGCAGGCGUUGUCAGGAGUCCAGGAUGAGUUGGAGAAGGUGUCCAGUGAUAAGAGCUCUCUUGAAAAGCAGCUCUGCAACUUAGAGGGCAAAUACAAGGUCAUGGAGACUCUCCGGGACAGCCAGGAGACAGAGCUGCAAACUCUCAAGAUGAAGCUUUCAGUGCAGGAGUCGACUCUGGCCCGCCUGCAGCUGACCCUCAGAGACACAGAGGAAGAGGUCCGUUCUCUGAAGGACACCGUGGUCCAGCAGAAGGACGAGCUUCAUGCUGGGGAGAUGGAGCGCAGACAGCUCCACAACGCCAUCCAGGAGCUCAAGGGUAAUAUCAGGGUCUUUUGCCGAGUGCGCCCACUGACAGACGGAGGCCUCAGCCAGCACAUUCAGUUGCCAGCCACUGACAACAAGACCAUUUCGCUGGCCAAAACUGAGGAGUCUCACACAGGCAAAACUGCUGACACUCAGAAAAAUUACAACUUCAAUUUUGACAGGGUGUUUGGCCCCCAGGCUUCACAACAGGAGGUCUUUGAAGAGAUCUCUCUGCUGGUGCAGUCUGCGUUGGAUGGCUACAACGUCUGCUGCUUCGCUUAUGGCCAGACAGGAAGUGGAAAGACGUUCACGAUGGAGGGAGCCGAGUAUGAUGAAGCCAGAGGCGUCAUUCCCAGAGCCGUGACACAAAUCUUCAGAGCAGCAGAGAAACUCGGAGCACAAGGCUGGGAGUUCACCUUUACAGCCAGCUUUGUCGAAAUUUACAAUGAGACCCUCCGAGAUCUCCUCUACACCGGCAAAGCCAGCAAGAGGCCCGAGCACGAGAUACGGAAGUCUUCAAACAACGCGGUGUCAAUCACCCACCUCACAUAUGAGAAGGUCACCAACGAGGAUCAGGUUCUCGGUCUGAUCAUGUUGGCCAAUCGCAAUCGCUCCACAGCCCAGACUGCCCAAAAUGACCGCUCGUCUCGCUCCCAUUCAGUCUUCCAGCUGGAUAUCGAGGGAGCGAAUGCUGGCAGGGACGUCAAAUGCAAGUCCACUCUGUGUCUGGUGGACUUGGCUGGCAGUGAACGCUUGCUGAAGAGCCAGUCUCAGGGCGAGCGCUUCAAAGAGAUGACGGCCAUCAACAGCUCCCUGUCCAACUUGGGCAUUGUCAUCUCUGCACUGGCCAACAAGGAGAGCCACGUUCCAUACAGGAACUCCAAGCUGACAUACCUCCUGCAGGGCUGCUUGGGAGGAAACAGCAAAACCCUGAUGUUUGUGAACAUUGCCCCAGAGCCGGACAGCUUUGGGGAAACUCUCAACUCCUUGAGGUUUGCCAGCAAGGUGAACGACUGUGUAAUCGGAACUGCAAGUGCCAACAGAAAAUAGAGCAACGUGCUUAAAAAAACCAAACUUGGUUCUUAUAAUUUAACCAUUACCGUUCUAACCACAAUAUGAAAUGUUUAUAAUUGUUUUCUAUGCUUGACUCACACAUUGUGCUGCUGGGCACAUCAGUAAGAACCAAAUCUAGAAUCCUUCUGUAUAUUGUCAGGUCUUCCUUUUUAAAACAUUUUUAUAGUCCCAUGUAAAUUCAGCGGAUGUUUUUAGAAAGAGUUUUUGAUUUUAAAAAACAAAUAUACUGCUCUCAAGGGUUCUUAAGAUCUGCAGUUGAAAUAUUUACCUUCAUUGGACUUGUCUUAUUUUUUAAAAAUACCAUAUUUUCUUUUUUUGUCAGUUUAUAUUUGGAGCUUUUCAUAUAACUUGCACAAAUCAAUGUUUGUUAAGUCAAACCAAUACUGUCAUUUUUGUUGUUUUAUUGUGGAUUUGUAUCUCUCUAUCCACAUGAUAUAAUAAUAAUAAAGACACUCUGUAGAAGGGCUACCUUUUA